GAAAGCUGGGUGUCGCACGCGCCGCCGAGACGCCCAUUUACUUUUCCCCUUUCGGUGCACCCAGCUCGUGCUUUCCCGGCGGUCCGCACAGGAUUACUCCCCGCUGGUUCUUCGAGAUCCAACACCUCCAAGUUUUCGGCAAGAGUCGCCUCGCGUGUUUGAGGGAGAGACGCAGACUGCGAGUUCCGGGAAGUACAGCAGGCAACGGCGGCGGCGGCGGCGGCGGCGGAAAGAACUACCUGCUUCGUGACGGCUCGACCUUCGACCCCACCGCGGCGGAUCCGACGACGAUGGCCGACGAACUGGAGAACAAUGAACUGAACGACAACAAUCCCGACUUCAAGCCGCCGGCGGAGAAGUCGAUGAGAGAGAUCCUCGAGGCAGACGCCGAAGACGAGAGCCUGAAGAAAUACAAGGCGCUCCUGCUCGGCGAGUCCGUGAACAGUGGGGGCGCCACCGUCAUAGGCAACGACAGCGAUCCGGGCGGGAGUCAUUCGAAGAGCUUGGUGCUGAGAGUUUUGGCCGGGUAA